CACGUUACUUCAGUUUAAUUACAAAAUUAAAGUGGGUGACAAAACCAAAUGUCCACAACACUGUGUUCUAUUUCGAAUUUACAACCCAGCAACACCCUGUAUUUAUUUUAUUUCCUUAUAAAUUUAGUCUUAAUUAUGGUCCUAUUCCAAUUAUUUAAUCAUUCUAAACAAAAAUUAAGGCAGCUUUUGACUAAUGAUGACAAUUAUUAAACAUCACAAAUUUAUUUAUGACACAUUUUCACCAAACGGUGUUGCCGGGUUGUAAAUUCAAAAUAGAAUAUUUUAUAUAUAGAACACAUUGUUGUCUUUGUCAUGUGUUUUUUGUGUGUUGUGUCAUCCACUUUAGGCAUUUGCCCGUAGUCUCCUCUGUAGCGAAUCCCAAAAGCAUGGCCGUCAAUGUUGUGACAGCCUCUAUGAUCAUGUAAUUGAUACUGACAACAAAACAACAAACCUAUCGAUAUUAUCAGCCAUUAAAACCCUUGAACAUUUUAAAGUAUCUUAUCAAAAAUAUUGUUACAAAAGAAAUCUGCUGCUGAACUACGAUAUGUUGAUUCAGAAGUUUCUAUUUGUUUUUUACAUUUCAUCCCUCUUCUGGAGAGAGAAUGUGUGCGCUGACAACCGCAAAUUUCCACCCGACUUCAAAUUUGGUAUAGCUACAGCUUCGUACCAGAUUGAAGGCGGUUGGGACGCUGAUGGUAAAGGCGAAAACAUCUGGGACCACCUAACCCACCAAACAAACUUGGUCAAAGACCACUCCACUGGUGACAUCACUUGUGACUCCUAUCACAAAUCCAAGGAGGAUUUAGCUCUACUUAAAGACCUUGGUGUAGACUUCUACCGAUUUUCCCUAUCAUGGGCUAGAAUCCUUCCCACGGGAUACAUCGACGGCCAAAUCAACGAGGCCGGAAUCAGGUAUUAUGAAGACAUUCUCUCGGAGUUGGAAAAACAUGGAAUUGAAGCAAUGGUUACGUUAUACCACUGGGAUUUGCCCCAGAAACUCCAAGACGAUUUCGGCGGGGUUCUCAACGAUACUUUCAUUGACGUUUUUGCAAAUUAUGCCCAACUGGCAUUCGAACUCUUCGGGAGUCGAGUCAAGUAUUGGGUGACUUUCAACGAGCCGUUUAUUAUUUGCCAACAAGGAUAUGAAAACGGUAACAAAGCACCGGCGAUUACGAAAGCUCCAGGCAUCGAUUUGUACACUUGUGCUCAUGUGGUUUUGAAAGCUCACGCCAAAGUGUACCACAUUUAUGAUACCUUUUAUCGAAAAACACAAAAGGGCAAAAUUGGAUUAGUCCUAAAUACAGACUGGUUUGAACCCGCAAGUGGCGAUCCGAAAGAUUUAGAAGCAUCCGAAAGACAACUCCAGUUUCAGUUCGGUUGGUUUGCACAUCCUAUUGUUUAUGGGAAUUACCCCCAAGUGAUGAUUGAUCGAAUUGGAGAACGAAGCAUAAGGGAGGGUUUCAAAACGUCGCGAUUGCCCAAAUUUACAAAUAGCGAAAUUGAAGAAAUUAAAGGAACUUUCGAUUUUAUCGGUUUGAAUCAUUACACCACUACCCUAACUAGAUGGAAGGAAGAUGAAGCAAUUGGUAAGCCCGAAUCAUUAAAAGACAUUUCGGUAGAGGUGUUCAAAAAUCCAUUUUGGGAAGGUUCAGCGUCAAGUUGGUUGAAAGUUGUUCCAUGGGGAAUUCGGAGAAUUUCAAAAUGGAUUAAAGAUACGUACAAAAACCCUGAACUAAUAAUCACAGAGAACGGAUAUUCCGACGUUGGUGGUAUUUUUGAUGAUUCUCGCCGAAUCAACUAUUACCGAGAAUAUUUAAGUAAUGUUUUGGAAGCCAUUUAUGAUGACGGUGUUAACAUUACCGCAUAUACAGCGUGGAGCUUUAUGGAUAACUUCGAGUGGUUAGAAGGCUAUACCGAGAAGUUUGGUCUUUUUUCUGUCAAUUUCACCGACCCCGCUCGUCCACGAACCCCAAAGUCUUCAGUCAAUUAUUUCAAAAAUGUUACGAAAACAAAAUGUGUUGUAGAACAAUGUUUGUAAUAAUAAUAAAAUUUCUCUACCGGUA